AUGAACGAUUUUACUGGUUCAAGCGAUGAAUUGAGUCACAACUCGACCAAAAUGGAUGCCUUACCAGAGAAUCAUUACAUAAUAAUUCCAUUUCUGCCCAUCCUUCAUGCCAUUACGUACGCAUCAAAACAUGUACAGCUUCUGCAAGAACUCAUGCAAAAUUAUGAAUUUUUUGAGUCACAAGCACUGGAACCAACCUGA